AUGGAUAAGAGUUGGAUGCAAGGAAAAUCUAGGUUGCAUCCUGCAUAUAAAAGAGGUCUUAAUGAAUUUAUCAAGAUUGUUCGCGAUCACACAGAUAGCAUGGGAAGGACUUGUUUCCCUUGUGCCCGAUGCAAAAAUGGUCAUUUAGAUCCCAUUCAGGUGGUUGAAGAUCACUUGCAAGAUUUUGGAAUACACAAGGAUUAUACACUAUGGAUACACCAUGGAGAAGAUUAUGAAAUUGUCUCUGAUGAUGACGAUGUUGAUGAGGAAGAAACACACGGUUAUACAAAUAAUGGGGUUAGUGAACUUCUUGAAGAUGUGUGUGCCAGAGCAAAAAACAAUGAAUGUUCAGGUACACAAGAUAGUUGUGAAAACAUAGAUAUGUUUGACAGUCUCUUGAAGGAUGCCUGCGAGUCUUUGUAUCCUAAUUGCAAGAAUUUUUCGAAGUUAGAGUUUGUUAUGAGGUUGAUGCAUAUCAAGAUAAUGAAUCACAUGAAUAACAAGUCAUUCCAGAUGAUCCUUGAUUUAAUUAAAGCAGCAUUUCCUGAAGGUGAGACACUUCCAAACACCUAUUACGAGGCUAAGAAACUAUUGAGGAACCUUGGACUUGGUUAUACAGUAAUUCAUGCAUGCAGAUACGACUGUGCACUUUUCUGGAAGGAAAAUGAGAAUCUUGAAAACUGUCCCAAGUGUAAUGAGCCGAGAUAUGAAAUAUUGGAAAAAGAUACAGAAAAGGGAGAAAAUGUGUUUAUGCAUCCAACAGAUUCUAAAAUUUGGCAAGAGCUCGAUGAGAAUCACAAGUGGUUUGCCAGAGAUUCACGUAAUGUCCGACUUGGCAUUGCAAGCGAUGGGUUUAUUCCAUCUAAUGACCUCAAUGGAAAACCACAUAGUAUUUGGCCUGUAAUUGUUGUUCCGUAUAAUUUGCCACCUUGGAGAUGCAUGAGAGAGCCCUUCAUAUUUUUGACUCUACUAAUACCAGGGCCUAACAGUCCCGGAAAUGAUAUCGACGUUUAUCUAAGGACACUGAUAGAUGAAUUAAAAGAGUUAUGGGAAAUUGGUGUGAAGACUUUUGAUGCAGAUUCAAAGGAAGUAUUUCAGCUUCAUGUUGCGUUGUUAUGGACGAUCAAUGAUUUUCCUGCAUAUGGGAACUUGUAUGGAUGGAGUACUCAUGGGUAUCUAGCUUGCGCACUAGAAGUCAUCGAGAAACAAGAUUUUGGGAAGGCACCGAACACCAAAAAGAGAAAAUGUUAUGAUUUUGAGUUAAAUUGGACAAAAAAGAGUAUUUUUUUCGAAUUGCCAUAUUGGAAGACUAAUAAGUUGCGUCACAAUGUUGAUGUUAUGCAUGUGGAGAAAAAUAUUUGUGAUAGUGUUGUAGGAACGCUGAUGGACAUAGAGAAGAAAACUAAAGAUACGAUAAGAUCUAGAGCAGACCUGGAAAGAUUGGGUUUGAAGAAGGAGCUGCAUCUAACUAAGAGAGGUAACAAGUUAAUCAAGCCACCUGCAUCUUAUACUUUAUCGGUUCCAGAGAGAAAAAUAUUAUGCGAGUGGUUGAAGUCGGUGAAGUUUCCUGACGGCUAUGCCUCAAACAUUGCUCGGUGUGUAAAGGAAAAAGAUGGUAAGGUAUCCGGAAUGAAGAGCCAUGAUUGUCAUGUAUUUCUACAACGGAUUCUUCCUGUUGCACUGCGUGGUUUCCUGCCGAAAAAUAUAUCUAGUGCAUUAGUUGAGCUUGGUGUUUUCUUAAAGGAAUUGUGUUCGAAGACACUAAGACUGGAAGUACUAGAGAAAAUGGAAAAGGAUGUUUCCGUACUACUAUGCAAGUUGGAGCAGAUUUUUCCACCAGCAUUUUUUGAUAUUAUGGUUCACUUGAUAGUUCACUUACCACAUGAAGCUAUUCUUGGUGGACCCGUGCAAUAUCGUUGGAUGUACCCAAUUGAAAGGUAUUUACGCACACUAAAGCAAUAUGUACGAAACAAGGCACGACCUGAAGGUUCCAUUGCCGAGGCAUACAUCAACAACGAAUGUCUUACUUUUUGCUCUAUGUAUCUACAUGGAAUUGAAACACGUUUCAACCGGGAAUAUCGAAAUGACGAUGGUGGAUCUGGAGAACCAAUUAAGGAGCUGAGUGUUUUCUCAAAUGAUGCUCGACCUCUUGGAGCUGCUAAAAAUACAACAUAUGGAAGAACUAGAAAGGAAGACCCUCGGAAUGUGGAUAUGAGACAUGAAAAAUAUUUUUCUAAAUGGUUUGAAGAACGGGUAAAUCGUUUACGAGAAGAGAAUUCUCCUAAUGUUUCAGAUGAAAUGUAUUCACUAGCAGUUGGCCCUGAUUCACGCGUAGUGCGAUAUAGUGGGUGUAUCACUAAUGCAAUACGAUUUCAUACAAGGGAUCGGGAAGUAAACUUGCGAACACAGAAUAGUGGUGUUGUAGUAAAGGGGGAGCACCAGUCUAAUGUUGCUGAUUUUUAUGGUGUGUUAAUAGAUGUCUUAGAGCUAAGUUACCUGUAUGGAAAUAAAGUUUUUCUUUUCAGAUGUGAUUGGUGGGACACCGACAAGAGAAGGAAAAAUAUUGUCACCGAUAGCCACUUCACUAGUCUUAACUUCUCUCAGACAUGGUACAAAGACGAUCCUUUUGUUCUUGCUGACCAAGUGCAACAAGUUUUCUACCUUAAAGACCUUAAACUGCGCGGAAAAUGGUUUGUUGUUCAGCAUGUAAUGCCUCGGAAUGUUUAUGAUGUCUUAGAGAAAGAGGUUGGGCCAGAACCAAACAAUGACGAGGCAUAUCAGCAAGAUGAACACUUCACAACAGAAAACAUAGAACAAGAUAAUUCUGGAAAUGCAUAA